AAGAAAUAUUAUUUGACUGUACAAACAUAUGUAUUUUGAUACAAAAAUAAUAAAGAAAUGGAUAAACUAUGCACAAUCAGUAAAUUAAACUCUCAGCAUUGUGUUAGCAUAAAGAAACAAUGUAGUCUGAAGCAAAUAAUUCGAACUCGAGCCACGGGACUUGAUUUAGCGCACAAGAUCCAUGGUCCUAGCAUCACGCCCGACAGCGAACCAAUACUAGUCCUCCAUGGCGUCCUUGGUUCCAGCAGAAAUUGGCAAAGUAUGUGUAAGAAGAUCACGGAAUACACAAACAAGCCCGUAGUGGCUGUGGAUGCUCGUAACCACGGGGAAAGUCCCCAUAGUGACGCUCACAGCUACCUCGACUUAGCUGCAGAUGUCUCUCAGUUGAUGACCAAGUUACAAAUCAAAAGAGCGAGUAUUAUUGGCCACAGUAUGGGAGGAAGAACAGGAAUGGCUCUGGCUCUAGCGGAGCCAACCAAGGUGUCGAAUUUAGUGGUAGUAGAUAUAUCACCGAUACGUAAACGUACAAGCACGUUAAGCGUCUUUUUUCCGAAACUUAUGGAAGUCAUGAAAGCUGUCGACUUCACGGGGUUGGAUACCUUAAAUAAAGCAAAGAGUGCAGCGAAGAGUAAGAUGGUAGAAUCACAAUUAUUCCAAAACGAUCAGGAGAUGUAUUUUAUUCUGAUGAAUAUUGGACAACUGCCAGAUAAAUCGUUUGGGUGGAAGUGUAAUGUGGAGGCAAUAGCGAAUAAUUUUCCCAAGAUCUCUUCAUUCCCGAAAAUGAUGGGCAAAAUAUAUAAUGGCCCUACACUGUUCAUCGGUGGCAAACUAUCACCUUUCAUUCCACCUGACGAUCUUACACCAAUUCGUAAGCUCUUCCCUAAAGCACAACUGAUUUACAUUGAGGGCGCUGGUCACAACGUUCACCAUGAGCAGCCAAAUGCCUUCUUUGACAGUGUUGUGCAGUUUUUAAGUUAUAACGCUAAGAAUCAGGCUCAAAUAUAGAAUUAACUGAUGGAAAAGUU